CUCGGGGCGGCGAUUCUCGGCGGGGGCGGCUUCCCGCUGCCGGAGCCCGUGCCGCCCCUGAGAACGGGAGGAGCGCUCGAGCUCGCACUGCCCUAGGACUUCCCGCGGACCCGGCGCCCCCCGGCUGCGGCCGCGGGUUUGAAAAGUGGCUCUGCGGAUCCGGGAGUGAAGCAGCAUGGAUGCUGUCAGCCAGGUCCCCAUGGAAGUUGUGCUCCCCAAGCACAUCCUGGAUAUCUGGGUCAUUGUCCUCAUCAUCCUGGCCACCAUUGUCAUCAUGACCUCCCUGUUGCUGUGCCCGGCCACUGUGGUCAUCAUCUAUCGCAUGCGGACUCACCGUGUCCUCAGCGGGGCUGUCUGAGAAUCUCCCAAGAGGGGCAGUUCUGGUUUCAGAAACUGUGGAGGUAACAUAAAGCACAUCCAGUCAGCCUCUCCGAGGCGAAGCGAGGAGUCUUCUCUCUACGAGCCGGGCUGCCAGUGUUGCCUGUUCCGUAUUUCCUGUGUCACUCUAGUCCACCUGCAUUGCAUUCCCCAGGAGCAUUUGCUUACAGGAGAAGAUGUUUUGUGUUCUACGAAUUGAACAGCAACUGGCCAAAGAUUUGUGGACUCUCUGAACAUCAGGACAGUAGAUUGCUUUUUUUCUUUUUCCAUACUUAUUUUGAAUUUAUGGGAAAUGAGAAGCUAAAUGAAAUACAACUUUUCACUUUGUUGCAAGGAGCCUGUCACUUUCAAAAGGGACUAACAUUCUUUUUUGGUGUAAUGGGUUAAGUGGUGGCCCCCCAAAAGAUAUGGCCACUUCCUGAUUCCUGGAACCUGUGAAUGUGAACUUAUUUGGAAAAAAAGGUCUUUGUUGAUGUCGUUUAGUCAGGGGUUUUGAAAUGCAGAGAUCAUUCUGGACUAUAUGGGUAGGCUCUAAAUCCAAUGACACGUGUCCUUAUAAAAGACACACAGAGAAGAGGAGGGGCAGUGUGAGCAUGGAGCAGAGACAGGAGCAAUGUGGCCGCAAGCCUCGGGGCGUCUGGGGCCUCUAAAGGUGGAAGAGCUAUGCAGUGCGUUGUCUCCAAAGCCUUUGGAGGGAACAGAGCCCUGCUGAAACCUUGAUUUCGACCUCUGAUAUCCAAAACUAUGAGAGAAUAAAUUUCCUUUGAUUUAAGCCACUGAAACUGUGGUAAUUUGUUAGAGCAGCCCUCGGAAACUGAUACACUUGGUAAGCUGAUGUGGGAUGACCAAGUUUUUCCACAACUGCAUGAGUGGACUAAGAAUUCUAAAAAAUAAACAUUAUUGGAUGAGGGGAGAUAACAUGAAACACUUUAGAAAGGAAAAGGAAAAGGUGGGAAAAAAGAGAAGAUUAAGGUUGGUAGCUAGAAUGUGAACUAAGGCAGGAGACGGAAGCUUUGCUGGGUGUCUGAGAAGAGCACAAACUGAGGAGGAGGACAGAUAAUGUGCAUCCAUUUUUUUACAGUGUCAGUUACUUUGUCUUCUCAUGUUCGGUUCAUAUUCUUGUGUGUAUGUGUAUAAUUAAGUAUUUUAUACCAGAAACAGCCCCUCAGAGAAAGUCAUUGGAUGAGAUGCAAUCUUUUGAUUAUAUACCCAUUAUUCACAUUAUUUCUGUUCAUUUGAAGGGGAGCAGAAUAUGUGACCCCAAAAUAUGCCACUUUGGCAUGUGAAUUACUUUAAGCAGAAGGCAAUCAAGACUCAGCUGAUGAAAGAAAAAGUUUUCUCUCUCUUAACUAUCUCCAAGAAUUUAGAGAGGGGGCCUGGCCCAGGAAGGGCUGCUUCCAGAGAUAACUGUGACCUGAAUGACCCAGGUGUAUGGCUGGGCUAACAUCCAGCCAUCAAGCAGCUGCGCCUCUGAUUGUCCUGUGAAUUACCCUCCUCCCUUUGCAAGUCCCACCUUGACCCAGUCCUUGGCUCAGGAUUCAUAUAGGCCUCAGUUGCCUGUCAUUGAUCUCAUAUUUUUAUGGGGCUCCUAUACUAUGAAAUUAAACUUGUUUUUCUUCUGUUAAUGUGGUUUGUGUUAAUUUAAUUAUUAGACCAGCCAAAGAAUCUAGAAGAGGAAGGGAAAAACUUCACUCCCCUACAGAUGGAACUUGAGUGGCUAAAUAAAAACGAUUAGCUUAAGUGUGGAGACAUACAGAAUUCAGCCAGGAUAUUGAGAAGAAAAGAAGAUAAUGGAAAAGAAUGAAAAGUCACCUAGAAAAGAGCCCUAGAAAAGUUCUAGGAGUUGGGGGUUUUCGUUGAGUGCUUAAUACAAGGUCACCUGUACAGAAUAACGGAGGACUGCAUCCUUUUAAUUUUAGCCAAGAUUUUUUUUUAGUCAAGAUUUUUAAAUUCUGAAAAUGGAAUGCAUUCAUUUGCAGUUCUAGAGAAUGAAGUUUUGAGAAAAUAUCCUAAGCGUUGUGAAAAAAACACUUCUAUUUAUUUAUUUGUUGGCAAAGGCUAUAAAUUCCUAGCAAUCCAAAGGAAUCUUUAAACUUUGGGAGAGGGUAUGAGGUAGCUCUGCCCUUUGAGAUGAUCUAUUCCGCUCUAGGCUGGUUGUGGCAAAAACAGAUUUUAAUGGUCAGAGAGACCUCAGGCAUCCAGAGCUACAUGUAGAAUAGAGGCUCAGGACACCUAAGAAAAGAGCCAAGAAUUAUGUGAAGAGUUCUUAC